GUUGCGAGCUUUGGGGUUUCCGUUGAGGCGUUUUAGCGUGCCACUAGAAGCACUAGACUUUGGGCGGGUGGUAGACGCCGGACCAGAACUUCGAGGCCUCCAAGUGAACCGAGCCUCACAACAACGCCAAUCGAAUCGCAUAUACCCAGUAUGCGACCUCGAAACGGAGCGGAAGACCUGAACUGACCCCACGAAGAGAGACGAAGAGAGACGAAGAGAGACGAAGAGAGAGAGAGAGAGAGAAACAGAACCGGAAAUGGAACUCCGGCACAUAGUGGUGCUGUUUGCUGCUUGGUUGAUCGUGCCCGGUUGGCCGACAGGGGUGGUGAGUCAGGGUCAGGGUGACGAUUCGUUCGAGGAUGCCAGCGACAUCUGCUCCCGGUGUGCCUGUUCGGCGGCGAACGCCUCGGCCAGCGUGCUCGGUUACGAUCUGCUGGACUGUUCGCGGCGCAACCUACGGCGCAUGCUGGCCAACUGGCCGCCCGAAUUCGACGCAGACGAUCCGGACCGGGAGGUGGUGUUUUCGCUGUCGGGCAAUGCGAUCGGUCGCCUGCAGCAGCUGCCAGCGACACGGAACGCGCUAGUGUUCAGCUGUCGCCACUGUCAGCUCGAUCAGCUCGACGGUGGUCUCUUCCUCGACGCUCCCCACGUUUACCGGGUAGAUCUGAGCUGGAAUCGACUGUCCGGUGAGGUGCUGGCCGGUGGAGACGUAUUCCGCGGGCAGUACGAUGGCCAAACGCUAGUCCAGCUACCGCUCGAUGAGCUGGACCUGAGCAACAACAACAUCUCGCGGUUGACCGCCGACACCUUCCGGCAUGUGACCGGUGGCCUGCGGGGCCUUGCGCUCGCCCACAAUCCACUGGCCGGUGAGCUGGCGGGCGAGACGGGUGCCGCGUUGGCCGUACUGGUACACCUCGAGGUGCUGGAUCUAUCCUACCUUGCGCUGACCGCCAUCGAUGAGCGUGUGUUCGCCGGAAUGCUGAGCUUGCACGAGCUGUCCCUGCAGGGUAACCAGCUGCUCACCGUACCGGCUGCCGUCUACCGGGCGCCCGGCCUCGUCACCCUCAAUCUCGCCGAGAACCCGUUCGUGGAGCUGCGCAUCGAGCAAGCGCUGCCCAAUCUGCGCCAUCUGAACGUGAGCAGUAUGCCGUGGCUGGGCCAGAUCGCGGUCGAAUCGUUCACCAACGUAAAGGCCCUGCGGACGCUGCUUUGUCGCAGUAACCGUGCCCUGAGCGUGUUCGAUAUGGCCAUCUUUAGCCACCUGCCGGAGCUGCGCAAGCUCGAUCUGUCACACUCGGAACUGAAGCAUCUGGUGCCACCGCCGGGUACGGGCAACUUCUCGAACGUGCAUCGUGCCCCGGCACGCUACGCCGAGCAGCUCGAGACGCUGCGCCUAUCCGGUAACACCUGGCACUGUGACUGCGAGCUGCGCGCCGCCCUCAUCCUGUUCGGUUACGAUCAGCUACCGGAGGCGAUUGCCGGCGGUGGCGACGACGACGACGACGACGACAAUGGUGGCGGGCCGGACGAGGACGACGAGGCCCGCUGUGAGACGCCGUACAUGCUCACCUCCCUGCACCUGGCCGAUCUGCCGUUCAUCGACGUGUGCGAUCUGCCGGCGAACGAGGAUCACCGUGGGACGAUCUACGAGAAGCCGGCGUUUCUACGGCCGCGCGCCAUCUUUCUCUCGCUGCUGUCGGUCGGUAUCGUGAUCGGGCUCGGGUUCGUCAUCGGGCUGGCGGUGGUGUGCCUCAAGCGCAAGCUCAACCACACCGGCCUGACCGGCUUCACCUCGUCCCCGGUCCGGUACACCUCCGUACGGGACAGUACCAUCUCGGCGGCCUACCAGCAACAGGCCUAGUGUGUGUGUGCGCUUCAUGCUUCUGUGUGUGUAUAUGUGUAGUUCGAAAUGACAACUGGACGUCCGAGAUGCUUUGCGACGACCGUUAGUUUGAUAGGAGGUAGCAACAAAGCAACACUAGUAGCAAAAUGGUGCGCGUUCAUUGGGCUGCUACUGCCAGGACCGGGGCCGGGGCCCGGGCUGCGCUAAAGAAAAAGAAACGGCAGGAAAAAGAGCAAUCGUGCCAAACUGUGUGGUGCUCAAGGGAUCGGACCGCCGGUUUGUUUUUCCGUUCGUGCGUUCGUUCGUUCGUCCGUUCCUGUUUUUUGCUUCUUUGUUUUUCUUCUUCCUUUUCUUUUCUGUUUUCUUCUUCUUCUUCUUCUUCUUCUUCUUCUUCUUCUUCGUCUGCUUCGUCUUCGUUUCCUGUUCCAAGUUUUGGGGUUUGUUUUUUUUUUGUUAAAAUACACUGUUUUAUUGUUAGGCCUUAAUAAAGCAGAUAUUUUCAGAUUAAGAGUAAUGGUUAUGACUUUCGGGGUUUUGCCUUUUUUGGAGUAGCUUAGCGGGGUGGGGGGGAACGGACGGGGUGUGAUGAUGUGAUAGUGGGAGGGGAGGGGGUUGUAGGACUGAUAGCGCCGUGGUUGCGGUCGCGGUGCUUUUGUUCGUGUGUAUCUGUCCAGUGUGUGUGUGUGUGUGUGUGUGU